UUAAAAUUAAUGUUGGUCUAUUUACAAGAAAUCAUGAACUUCUCACAUUCUUUUUUUCACUUGUUUAAAAUUGUAAAUUUGUCAACUAUGGCUCAACUCAAUUUUUUUUUGUUUCAGACAAAGGACGACCUUCAUUCAAUAUAACAUAUUCACAAUUAAAACUUUUUCACGAACAGGGUUGGUUAUACAGCUCGAAAAAUGGCAAAUCAUUUUAAAUGCAGUGUCGCAACUGUAUAUAAAAGAUGCUAUAAAUAUGGAAUACACUUGAGAGACCGAUACAGCAAUAAUUUGACAGCAGAGGAAUUGAUAACAAAAAUUGGAGAUCUUCAAGAAAAAUUCCCUAAUGCUGGUAGUGUUAUGAUGGCAGGGUAUUUAAAAUCGGAAGGUAUAGUUUUACAAAGACAAGAAAUUAGAAACUUAUUGAACAAUGUCAAUCCUCUUGCUGCUGGUAAACGUUGGAGUCGAUCGAUAAAGAGAAGAGUAUAUAAAGUUCCUACUCCGAAUUCUCUUUGGCACAUGGAUGCACACAUGAAGCUUUCUAGAUGGGGGUUAGUCACACAUGGAUGUAUAGAUGGUUAUUUCCGUGUUAUAAUAUAUGUUCAGUGUGAAUCAUCUAUCACUGCUUCUACAGUGCUGAAAUUAUUUAUCCCUGCUGUGAAAAAAUAUGGACUUCCAUCACGUGUACGCUCGGACCAUGGAUUCGAAAACUUAUUUGUGGCAAUAUUAAUGAACUCACUUAGGGGGCUUAGAAGAGGGAGUCACAUCACUGGCAAGUCGGUACAUAACCAACGUAUCGAAAGACUGUGGGUAGAUGUGUUUUCUCAAGUUGUUACAAAUUUUUAUAACUUGUUUUAUAAAAUGGAGGAAGACAAUAUUUUAGAUCCUGCAAACAAUAUUCAUCGUUGCAUUCUACAUACAAUUUUUUCUCCUUUAAUUAAUAAGCAGUUAGAGCAAUUCAAAAAUGCGUGGAAUAAUCACAAAAUUCGCACAGAGCAUAAUAGGACGCCUAAUGAAAUAUGGGUACAUGGUUUUUUACAAAACAUUAAUUCAAACCAAACUGCCAUUACCGAAUUAACACAAAACGAGCUUCCACUUCAAUUACGUCUACAGCAACAAUAUCAAGAUCAAUAUGGCUUAACUGUCUCAGCCAUUGCUGAAGACGUAAAUUUAUCACAGAAUUCAUAUUCUUUUACAGUUGAUCAACAACAAUUUAUAAAUAACAUUAUUAAUGAUUCAGAGAUGACCAACAGAAAUAAAUUUAUAUCUUGUGUCGAAUACCUGAACAAUUUUAAUUUCACUUGA